ACAGCCACAAGCUGUCAAGGAAAUUAAUCCGGUCGACAUACAACCGCGGAAAUAGUCCACUCACCGUUUUUUUUCGUUAUCACAGACAGCGUUCAACACUAUUUAAGCUUUACAUUUAUUAAACUUGCUGGAUUACAUAUUCUGAUUGACUCCGGUUGACUGGUGGAUAUUGAUAUUAUAAUUUCCGAACAGCAUAACUGAUUUAUUUCUACACUUACAAAAAUUUUGGAAUUUAACGUUAAUUGAGGGCACUUUCUGACUUCAACUGUUGAAAAGGUUUUUUGAAGAAAAGAGGAAUUUACAAAAACAAAUAAUGCAUAAGGAGUGUUCCCAACAAAAUUCCACUACAAUAUUUUCUUCGCUUCUUGCUAUUAUUUCGUCAAUUUCGAGUAGACUUUCGUGUGAGAACAUUUGUAGUUUAUAAACAAGUUAAAGGUCAUUGAAGGUUGAAAGGUCAUCACUGUGAAAAACUUUUUGGUACCGAGAAAAUUGCACUUACUAAACAGGAGACAUGAAGUUGUUAGAGAACUCUAACUUGGAUCGUUUGAAUAGCGUACUUUACACGAAAAACGAUGAUUGUCGAAUUAUCGGACGUAUUGAGAGUUAUUCAUGCAAAAUGGCUGGCGAUGACAAGCGACUUUUUAAAGUAUUUUCACACGAUGCUCCGCCUACUGAUCUUGCUGCGUUAGCACCACCUCAAACGAUUUUAUCAGCGAGUCCGAAUGCCGGAAAUUACAGUCGAAGUUUGAGUAGCGCCGAUGAGAAUGACAACCCACUCAGUCAUGUUUGCAGUCGCAAAACGCUCUAUUAUCUCAUAUCUACUCUCAACGCGUCAUUUCGACCUGAUUACGACUUCAGCCACUCAAAAAGUGAUGAAUUCUCUCGAGAACCGAGCGUCACCUGGGUGCAAAGUUUCAUCGACAAUACUCUAGGUACUGUUCUCGGCGAACACUACCAUCGCCUUCACAGCACUCUCUGGAACACGGUUGAUGAGGAAAUAGACCUCAAAGAAUGCAAUGUCUACUCAUACAAUCCAGAUCUUGAAUGCGAUCCGUUCGGCGAUGAAGGGUGUUUAUGGUCGUUCAAUUUCUUUCUUUACAAUCUCAAAAAGAAAAGAAUCGUAUUUUUUACGUGCAAAGCGCAAUCUGCAUCUGCUGAUGAUGACUCCGGCCUCGGAAGGGAUAAUCUUGACAUGAGUGAUGAAGAAAUGGAGUAUUUCCUCGGAAUAGAAGAAGAAGAAAACUCGAUGCCUAUCGUCGUUGAGUGAUUUUGAUCGAUAUUAAUCGUACUUUCGAAUUGAAGUUCGACAUACGAAUAUUGUAAAUAUUCUUUCUGAUUGCUCAAUGCAUGGUGUAGACCAAAUUUAAUAAUUGAUUAUAUGCUAUACCAAUAAUACCACUUGAAUCAAUAUAUAAUCAAUUGAUCUGUAAAUUACCUGGAAUUGAUCUAGGCGAAAUUUCAAACAGCCAAUAUUGUGGAUUCUAAUAUGUUUUUUUAAAAAAAUUGAAAAAGUAUCGACCAAUCUUGAAGCAAUAUAACAAUACUUGCUUAUAACUGAAUAUAUAAGACAGAUUCUUACUGGGCAUUAGUCAACAAACAAAUAGAAAAAUAUUAGUCAGUUAAUUACAAUUUUUAUUGCUACAAAUAUUACUGUUCAUGGCAUCAAAAUUUAGCGAAAUUCAAGUUACUAUUAUUCGGAAAAAUGUGUUCCAAUAAAAUUUUAGAUUUGAAUGUAUAAAAUUGCAAUUUUUUUCGUAAUGAAACCUUGGAUUAAGUUAAAGCAUAUAGAUUCUACUGGAAUCAUCAACAUUGAAAUUAACAACACAAUAGAGUGGUACACUACCAACAAUUUGUAUAUAUCGACAGUCCUUAAUAUCAAUUGAUUUUUUUUGAUCUCUCUGUGAGCCCUAGUUGAACUAUAAUGAAAAUAUAGGAUGUUUGCUAUUACUGGUAUUUAGGAAUCUCAUUGAAGAUAAAGAAUGUCCAAACGAAAUAAUACAAUUUAUAGAUUUUUUUUUAAAUUCACAUUAACACGAGGGUUCGUGUUAACUUUAAGAGAAAAAUUUGGACAUUGACACCCAUUAGGAAUGACUAAACAAAUUGAAACAAUUUUGAAAAUGAUAUCUUAACUGACUUUUUUUU